AUGCUCAGCUCUUUCUUACUGUCUUUCCAUUUCAUUCGACCUUUCUUCUCUAUCCUCGUUUUCUUUCUUUCUUUCUUUCUUUUUUUAUUUUCAUUUCGUUCUAUCUUUCUCCUCUAUCCUCAGUCCCCUUCUUUCUUUCUCUCUCUCUCUCAUUCUUUCUUGCUUUCUUUCUUUCCUUUCAUUUCAUUCCAGUUUUCUUCUCUAUCCCCGAUUUCGUUCUUUCUCUAUCCCUUCCUUCCCCCUUUCUUUAUUUCUUUAUUUCCAUUUCCUUAUAGCUUUUUUCUAUAUCCUCGUUUUCCUUUCCUUCUUUCUUUCUUUCUUCCUUUCUUCCUUUCUUUCUUUCUUUUUUUCUUUCUUUCUUUAUUUAUUUAUUCAUGUAUUUAUUUCCAUUUCAUUGUAGCUUUCUUCUCGAUCCUCGUUUUCUUUCUUUAUCUUCUCUUUCUUCCUUUCUCUCUUUAUUUCUUUCCAUUUCAUUCUUACUUUUUUUUCUCUAUCUUUGGUUUCUUUCUUUCUUUCUUUCUUUCUUUCAUUCUUUCUUUCUUUCUUUCAUUCUUUCUUUCUUUCUUUCUUUCAUUCUUACUUUCUUUCUUUCUUUCUUUCUUUCUUUCUCACUUUCUUUCUUUAUUUACUUCUUUCCUUCUUCCUUUCUUCUCUGUUGUCGGCUGCUUCUUUCUUUCUUUCCUUUCUUUCCCCCGAUGCUUAGCUGAUACUUUUUUCUUCUCUAUGCUUCUUUUAUUGACGCUCAACCAUUUUUUCUUCCAUCUUUUUCUUCUUUCAUCCCCCAACAAAUAA